GUGUCUUUGGAACCUCGAACAUCUCCCUCCUUGAUCAUCAUCCUCUUUUCUCCAAUCUUGCAGUGACAGUCUAUCAACAUGUCGACAGAAUUCCAAGGCAAGGUCGUCCUGAUAACAGGAGCCGGCAGCGGCAUUGGGCUCGCAACAACGCUCAAAAUGGCGUCCCUAGGCGCCUCGAUAUCCUUCUGCGACAUCAACCUGCCGAACCUAGGAAGCGCAGCCCAAGCCCUCGGCGCAACCACACCCGACCGCCCACCGCUCUGGCUCGCAGAAGAAGUAGACGUCGGCUCGGCAACACAAGUCGCCAGCUUCGUCGCCACAACCAUGGCAAAGUUCGGCAGAAUCGACUACGUCUUCAACUGCGCUGGCGUAAACCCCACGUCCAUCCCGCUGGAAACUACGACGGAUGAGUACUGGGACAAGCUCGUUAAUACGAACCUCAAGGGCGUGUUCCUCAUCACGCGUGCUUGCGUGCCGUUUCUGCAGCGUGGCGCGUCGAUUGUUAAUGUGUCGAGCAUCUGUGGACUGCGCGGCGCGGCUAUGCAGUCUGUCUACUGCGCGACUAAGUUUGGGCUUAUUGGCUUGUCGAAGUCGCUCGCGCUCGAGCUGGGGCCCAGGGGUAUCAGGGUCAAUUGCGUGGCGCCUGGGUACAUUGAUACGCCGACUAAUGCGGGAAUUGUUAGGGGAGGGGAUUCUAUAGAGAGUAUGCGCAUGGGGAACGCGCUGGAGAGGCUGGGCACGCCGGAUGAGGUUGCGGAUGUGGUGGCGUGGCUGUUUGGGGAGGGGGCAAGGUAUGUCAAUGGAGCGGUUGUUGAAGUAGAUGGCGCGUUGAGGUUGAGCAAGUCGUGAUUGAAUCCAGCAUACGACCAGAUAAUUCAAGAUGGAUGACUUGCUGGAGAGUGAAUGAAUGCACCACCC